AUCAUUAACAUGAUUACCGCUUUUGGAUUAAAUUCGAACAUUAUUAUUUUUCAGCAGCUAUUUGAUGUUCUAGGUGAUAUUUUUGUGGGUUGCUGCAAGAAAUAUGCCGUCUGUUGGAUCAUUUUGGUAGUGGCUGUAGUAGGUCUAACCUUGGGACUGAUCUUGGGACUGAAAGGUUCACCCGAAGAACCGCGUCGUAUUGGCGCUGUGGCUUCAAAUGGCAAAGGAUGCGCCGAGGUGGGCGGCUCUAUACUGGAUAUAGGUGGAUCGGCAGCAGAUGCAGCCAUAGCCACCAUGUUGUGUGAGGGCGUUAUGCUGCCACAUAGUUUGGGCGUGGGCGGUGGUUUUGUGGCCACAAUUUACUCAAAGGAAACCGGUUUCAUUGAAACUUUAAUUGCCCGCGAGACAGCACCGGCUGCCUCCCAACAAGAUAUGUUUGUGGACACCACAAUCACUGGCGCCAUAUCCGCCGGAGUGCCCAGCGAAAUAUUUGGUUAUUGGCGCUUACAUUCCAAAUACGGCAAAUUGCCAUGGGGUCAACUCUUCCAACCCACUAUCGAUCUAUGUCGCAAUGGCAUUGAGGUCUCACGUUAUCUGGCCGGUGUCUUAGAGACCUACGAGGAGCAUAUCAUAAAUGAACCCUCCAUGGCAGAGAUUUUCAUAAAUCCGAAAACUGACACCAUCUAUCGAGAGGGUGAGAUUAUGUAUCGACAUAUGCUAGCGGAAACCCUGGAAAUUGUUGCUCAUGAAGGUGCUGAGGUCAUCUAUCGAGGAGGACGUGUGGGUCGAAAGCUGAUAGAAGAUAUAAAAGCCAUGGGUGGCAUUAUCACAGAGCAGGAUCUACAAAAUUAUGAAGUUCGUUGGGAGCUACCGCUGCAUACUCAUUUUACGGGCGGUUAUCAGCUAUUCACUUCGCCCCUCCCCACGAGUGGAGCUGUGCUUACGUUUAUGUUAAAUGUGAUGGAGCCCUUGUACACUAGCAAUACAGAUAAAUAUUGGCAGCGUUUGAUUGAGACUUUCAAGCAUGCCUACGGACAUCGAACAAAUCUGGGCGAUAUUCAUUUUGAACCCGAGGUGCAGGAGAUUUAUGAGCAAUUGCUGGAUCCUGCAUUUGCUGCUGAAAUACGUGAACUUAUUUUGGAUGAUCGGACAAAUACAAGUACUGCAUAUUAUGGGGCCAAUUUCACAAAUGUCGAGGAUCAUGGAACGGCGCAUAUUUCCGUUUUGGCACCCAAUGGAGAUGCCAUUUCCGUGACAAGUACCAUUAAUAGUCAUUUGGGUGCCAAAGUUCGAUCCCGUCAAACUGGCAUCAUAUUGAACGAUGAAAUGGAUGACUUUUCCACACCAGGCAAAGUCAAUACCUAUGGCAUACCGGCAAGUCCAGCAAAUUACAUCAAGCCCGGCAAGCGUCCCAUGUCCUCAACAUGCCCCAGCAUUGUCCUGGACUAUCAUGGCAAUGUAAAACUGCUUGUGGGUGGCGCUGGUGGUUCGAAAAUUACAACUUCGGUGGCCCAAACCAUUUUACGCUUCUUUGUACUUCACGAGCCGAUCGAAAGGGCUGUCAAUGCUGGUCGAUUGCAUCAUCAGUUGAUGCCCAUGGAAGUGGAGGUUGAACCCGAUGUUCCUAGACACACGGUUGCCUACUUGCGUCGCAUUGGCCAUGAAAUAAAGUAUUUGCCCGCUGAUAAAGCCUACUCAGCACAGACAGCCAUUGGACUAAUGGGCAGCGAACCGCAUCCAGUCUGCGAUCAUCGUAGAGUUGGUAGCGCUGUUGUCGUAGAGCCAACAUUAAAUUAAGCGUAACUACAUUUAUAACUAGUUUCAUCAAAGUGAUUUCAAUUAGUUUUAAAUAAAGAAAUAAACACA